AUGUCCGACUCCCUCGAGCCGGAAUGGUCGAAUUCCUUUCGAUCCAGUCGCACCAUGUCGUGCCUCCCGUGCAAAUCAGAAUGCUUGUCUGAAUCGACCUCUACCUUCCGAACCGAUCCCUCCACCCUGGACCAACACCCAAACAGAAGCUAUUUCGAACAAGCACAGAUUACCGCGACGGAACGCCUGGCGAAUUUGAAACAAGAACUACGGUCGUUGGAUGCGGAAGCCUUUUGGUCUUGUCUCAUGGAAUCCGUCACCUCCAUCUGCGGCGCGCAAUACGGCUUCGUGGCCCGGAGAGUGCUCGAGGGUGAGCCCGCCAGUGGUGUUGGUGGCAAGCGACCCAGUCUGUUCGGCUUCGCGUUCUACUACAACGAUGGCUACCAUACUGUCGGCAUGCACCGAGACCGUUAUCUUGCCUGCGGCAAUCCAUUGUCUCAUAUGGACCACGAGAAACCGUGUCUGAUUCCCGACAACCUACCCUCUUUCGUAUCCUUUGGCUUAGACAGACUACCUUUCACCGCGGAGGGAUACUUGGCUGUUCCGCUUUUCUCGGACCGGAAAUGCAUCGCUCACCUGGGUUUGAUGUGGUCCGAGCCUGGUCUGCGGAAACGCAGUUUGUCCUGGCCGUUCCUGGAGAUGGUACUAAACUCUCUAGAAGGUCUAGUGGUUCAGCGGAUUCGCGACGCCAACAGCGGAAAAGCGCCCCAGAAAGAGCCCAAACCCAUCGCUGCGGUGCAACAGACCAUAGACGAUUUGCAUACCACGCUUCUCCACGGAUCGACCGACUUUUCAGCACAGCCGCUCAAACCAUACGCACGAAGCCUCUCCCACGAACUACGGACCCCGAUGCAGGGUGUAGUUGGCAUGCUGGAUGUCAUGCACGCGACCGUGCGGGAAGCUCUCGAAGGCAAACAUUCGAUGAGAACAAGUUCCGUCUUUCAAUCCUUGAAAGAAAGUAUUGAGAUGGUCCAGGACAGUGCUCGUCGGGCGGUAGAGGCGGCAGACAACGUGGUCCAUGCGUAUGACCUCAACAUGCAGGUGCCGCAGACGCCACAGGUCGAGCGGGACAACGAGUUCUUUGGCGGUGCUCCGACGCAAUCACCAGUCACCCCAUAUGAUGGCGGGCGUCCCAACAUCUUCAUUGAGGGGAACAAUAUCGCAGUGAAUCCCUACAAACGACGACGCAGUAACCCGCCAGAAUAUCAUGGAAUGCAACCGCCAAAGCAAAAGAUCGUUCGGAUGGGUUCUCGAAAAGGAUUGUCUCCGCGAAGCGAAGAGGUUAAGAAUGCGGUCCACGAGAGCGACAAAAUUGUCCAUGCGACGCCAGCGCGCCAGAUCGAAGCCGUCAUGGCCAACAUGGUGGAUCCACGUCCUUCGUUGGCUGCUCGACGGUCGGCACCGCACCUCCUUCUUGAAGGCAUUAAUGUCAAUCUGAAGGGCCCGGCAAUCAGAUAUACCAAGCUUCGCGACUUGCUUCGUCUGGUCAUCAACGAAUCUCUCCAUGUCGGCGGUCGACCCGAGUUUGCUUCGAGCCACGCUACCGAGCUGGGGGAGAGAAUCGAAAUCCGCUCCCGGUCUUGCAACGGAGAAGUUGUUCCCAAAGUCAUCAAUUGGUCGGUGGAUUCGGCACUGCCAGACACGCUGCUCGUCGAUGAUCGAGACCUGGCCACGCUGAUAUCGUGUGUCUUCCUGAACGCCGUCAAGUUCACCAACACCGGUACCAUUACCGUUUCAGCAUCCAUCGGCCGCAAACCCAACGAUGUACGGAUCACUGUGCAAGACACCGGCCCUGGAAUUCCGGAAGCUUUUCUACCUAAACUGUUCAAACCGUUUGCUAGGGAAGACGCUUCGAUCACUCGCAGUAAGGAUGGCUUAGGUCUGGGACUUCUCGUAGCAAAAGGUCUCGCCAGGAAGAUGGGUGGUGACCUCGUCUGUGUCCGAUCUUGUACUACCGGCCCCGACCACGGGUCUGUGUUCGAGAUCAGAGUACCUGUCAACCAAGAAGCUUGCAAAGGAUUGAUGACUCCGGAAAAGGCCAUGACACCGCCACAACUUAUUGAUCCGUCGCGUCUGAGCAGCGGAAGCACCAGCUCCUCCUCUUCUUUCCUAUCCCCUUGCAACCGUAUUCCCAGUCAACCCAUCCAGCAACCGUCUCCCAGUUUGACGGAGGAGCCGUCAUCAUCGCACUCCCCGGUCCCCAAACCCAACCGGUCGAUCAACGGCGACGCAUACGACAGCACUUUGGGACAGAAACAUCCCCUCACCUUCCUAGUCGCUGAAGACAACCAAAUCAACCGACGCGUCCUCGUGAACAUGCUGAAGAAACUCGGCUACCGCGAAGUCUACGAGGCCUGCAACGGCAAAGAAGCUGUACGGGUCAUGCAAGAAACUCUCACCUCGCACCGUGCAACCCUUAUGCUACCGGGCGGACCGACAAUGACCCCCGAGAGCCCGGGAGAAUUUCCUAUCCCGGAAAAGCGAAAUCAUCAGAAGAACCUGAAGCCGGUUGACAUUAUCCUGAUGGAUCUGUGGAUGCCAGAGAUGGACGGCUACGAGGCGACUUCUAAGAUCCUGCAAUUAAUAGACGGGUACCACGGCCAGAUUCCUCCUGAUACGCGACGGAAUCCAGGCGUUUCCUCGAAUUCGGAUCCGUUUUCUAAUAAUACAUCAGGAGUUCAACUCCCGCCGUCUCCCACCGUCCUAGCCGUCAGUGCAGACGUGACAGACGAAGCACUCAGCCGUGCAUCCAAAGUCGGGAUGAAAGGGUACAUGACCAAACCGUAUAAACUAACAGAUCUCGAACGACUGAUCAUCGAGUUCUGCGCCGGUGGCAGUCGUACACCUGGACCGUGA